CCCAUGAGAAUUUCUGCAAGUUGGAUUCUUUCCCUCACUUCAAUGCCACUUUGUCUGUUAGAAUUUAAUGAAAUUUCUUGGGUAUUAUCCACAUCUCUAUCACGGGCUGUAAACAAACAACAUGGAUCGUAAGAUACCUAGUCGCCUCCUCUAUCCUAGAAGCUCUGCUCUAUCAAUCCCGGGAGCCAUGGCUUCUACACAAAACAGAGCAAAGAGAAGCUCUGUUUCUGUUUUGUUGGCCAUGUCCAUUGUUUUCCUUAGUUCAAGGUUGGUUUCAGGCCAAUCUGCUGUGUUUGCUUGUGAUGUUAGUAAGAAUCCUGAUUUGGGUUCAUUUGGAUUCUGUGAUUCUUCACUGGGGAUUGCAGCGAGAGUGGAUGAUUUGGUGAAGAGGCUUACAUUGCAGGAGAAGAUUGGGUUCCUUGUGAGUAAAGCAGUGGGUGUGAGUAGACUUGGAAUCCCAAGUUACCAGUGGUGGUCGGAAGCUUUACAUGGAGUGUCUUAUGUAGGUCCUGGCACUCACUUCUCUAGUGUAGUUCCUGGAGCUACUAGUUUUCCUAUGGUUAUUCUAACUGCGGCCUCCUUCAAUACCUCUCUCUUUGAGGCCAUCGGAAAGGUGGUCUCUACAGAAGCUAGAGCGAUGUACAAUGUGGGUCUAGCUGGAUUAACAUUUUGGAGCCCUAACAUCAAUAUAUUGAGGGAUCCAAGAUGGGGAAGAAGCCAAGAGACUCCAGGGGAAGACCCAUUACUGUCAAGCAAAUAUGGAUCUGCCUAUGUAAGAGGUUUACAACAAAGAGAUGAUGGUGAUCUAAAUAAGCUUAAAGUUGCUGCUUGUUGUAAGCACUACACAGCUUAUGAUUUAGAAAAUUGGAAAGGAGUUGAUCGAUUCCACUUCGAUGCUAAGGUAACCAAACAGGACUUGGAUGAUACAUUUCAACCACCAUUCAAGAGCUGUGUUAUUGAUGGAAAUGUUGCGAGUGUGAUGUGUUCUUUCAACAAAGUAAAUGGGAUACCCACUUGCGCAGACCCGAACCUCCUUGCUGGUGUUAUUAGGGGUGACUGGAAACUUAAUGGAUACAUAGUUUCAGAUUGUGAUUCAGUAGAUGUGAUCUACAACACUCAACACUACACCAAAACCCCGGAGGAAGCCGCGGCUAAGUCUAUAUUGGCCGGGUUGGAUCUAGACUGUGGAUCCUUCCUCAGCCAACACACUGAAGCUGCGUUAAAAGGUGGAUACUUGAACGAGUCGGCCAUUGAUAAGGGAAUCUCCAACAAUUUUGCUACUCUGAUGCGACUCGGGUUCUUCGAUGGUGACCCAAGUAAGCAACUCUACGGGAAGCUUGGUCCAAAAGAUGUCUGCACUUCCGAGCACCAGGAGCUGGCCCGUGAAGCAGCACGGCAAGGGAUUGUCUUGUUGAAGAACAGCCCUGGGUCAUUGCCAUUGUCACCUACAACCAUCAAGUCUCUAGCAGUGAUUGGGCCGAAUGCCAAUGUCACAAAGACCAUGAUUGGCAACUAUGAAGGCACUCCUUGCAAAUAUACAUCUCCUCUUCAAGGCUUGACGGCCUCGGUUCCUACUCUCUAUCAACCAGGCUGUUCAAAUGUGGCAUGUACAACUGCCCAACUAGAUGAUGCUAAGACAAUAGCAAGCCAAGCAGAUGCCACAGUUUUAGUGGUAGGUGCUGAUCAAUCUAUUGAGGCUGAGGGACGUGAUAGGGUUGAUGUCCUUCUCCCUGGACAACAAACGCUUCUAGUAACAGAGGUUGCAAAGGCAGCCAAAGGACCUGUGAUUCUUGUUAUAAUGUCUGGAGGGGGGAUGGAUAUCACAUUUGCGAAAAAUAAUGAUAACAUUACAAGUAUUUUGUGGGUUGGUUACCCUGGUGAAGCUGGAGGUGCAGCUAUGGCAGAUGUGAUUUUUGGGUAUUACAAUCCAAGUGGAAAAUUACCGAUGACAUGGUACCCACAGGAGUAUGUUGACAAGGUCCCUAUGACGAAUAUGAACAUGAGACCAGAUCCUGCCACGGGUUACCCUGGCCGAACCUACCGGUUUUAUACAGGUAAAACUGUAUAUUCAUUUGGUGAUGGCCUGAGCUACUCCCAAGUCAGUCACCAUCUUGCCUUAGCAUCUAAGCUAGUCUCAAUUCCCUUGGCGGAGGGUCAUGUUUGUCGGUCUCAGAAAUGCAAAUCACUUGAGCUCCUUGGAAGUAUUUGUCAGAAUUUGACAUUUGACAUUCAUUUAAGAGUAAAGAACUUGGGAAGAAUUGGUGGAGAUCAUACAAUUUUCUUGUUCACCACUCCCCCAUCUGUGCACAGUGCCCCUAAGAAGCAUUUGUUAGGCUUUCAGAAGAUUUCCUUAACAGCUCAAAGUGAACAGCUAGUCAAGUUCAAAGUAGAUGUUUGCAAGGAUCUGAGCGUUGUUGAUGAGAUGGGAAGCCGAAAAGUAGCAUUGGGGUCACAUAUGCUUCAUGUGGGGAGCUUGAAAUACCCCUUUAAUGUAGGAAUUUGAGUUAGAUUUCAAGUUAAAGAUGAAGUUGGGGAAGAAAAGGUCUCCCCAACUUCUGUCAGAAGAUUAAUAAGAGUUUCAUGUAUGGCGAAGGAAAUGCAGACAAUUUUCUCAAUUGGCAAUGACCAAUGCAAUCUGAAACAAGAUUUUUAAAUCCAAAUAAAAAAAAAAAUGCUUAGUAAA